AAUAGUGCGUUUAUUGGCUUGUGUAAACAAAGGAACGAGAGCAGGAUGUGUUUUAUGUCUGUACCCUGAACCCGUUUAUUUAGCUCCAAGUGCGUUUUUCCCGCACCUCUAACCUGCAAAUUGAGACUAAAUACGUGUACCAUUCCCCAAAGCACUAGUCGGGAAUGUUCCCAACAUUUGACAAGCUAGCCACUGCGUCUUGUUGCAAAAACCCAGCCCCUCACCACGUGGUCUAUGAUAAUUAUGUUGCCAUAGAAAUCAUUAUCUUUUUUGACACUGAGACGACACACCUCUCACGUUUGCAUUUUAUAUUCGUGUGCUAUCACCGUUCAGCAAAUCAGUGGAAAAGCAAAAAGGCAAUCGGAGUUACGGGAAGCGUUAGUCUAUUUAGACUCGUCAAGCUGGCAACAUGUCCACAGCCCUGGUCUCCGCAUUCUAUGACGUGAAUGACGUGCUGUACAAGAAUAACAGAAACCUUGGCUUGGCUUUUGAGCAAAAACAGCGAAGCGAACGAAAGCCACUUCCUAUCGGCCAGCCGAGGAGACAUUCGACUUCUGUUUCAAGUUCUCGCUCGUCGCCGAACCUAAUCACGCUCACUGGCAGUGGCUCGCCAAACAAACGAGAGCGCUCAUUGAGUUUGAGUGCCGAAGAAGAGCGAAGACGUUCAAGUUCAAAUUCCAGCCGCUACAAGACAGAACUUUGCCGUCCUUUUGAAGAAAACGGCACUUGUAAGUAUGGCGACAAGUGCCAAUUCGCCCACGGCGUUCACGAAUUGCGUUCGCUUAGUCGCCAUCCGAAAUACAAAACUGAGUUGUGCCGAACAUUUCACACCAUCGGAUUCUGCCCUUAUGGACCGAGGUGCCAUUUUAUUCACAACGCUGAGGAACGACGGGCCGCUCAGAUGAUGAUGAACGGUUCGCGAAUGUCUCCUCCAUCGCCGCUAAUCGGGCCGCCUUCUCCUCCGCUCACCGAGCCAACUUCGCCAAUGCCGACUUCAUUAACUCCACCUUCUCCUUCUCCGCUUUCCUUCUACAACGACGACAGCCCAUUGGGAAGUCCUAUACAAAGCCCUCUGCCGAUUCCUUCUCCGGCAUCAAACAACGUCUUCACUUUCCCAUCGCAAGCCCAAGACUACUCUCCUGUUCUUUCGCCAACCAUGGGCAGUCCUCCCGGAGUGUUUUCGCCGGGAUUAGAAUUAAACGAAGAGGACGAAUUGGAUGAAGAAGACGACGAUUUGCCCCCGACUCCUCCAGACUCCUACGAUGCUUUGGCCGCCAACCGAAAGCGCUUACCUGUCUUCAACAGAAUCUCCUUGCCAGAAUGAGUUUGUAAAAAUUAUUAGCUUUUAGUAGUUUAACGUUUGUACACAAGAUUUGUAAUUUAACAUUUUAAAGACUGAUCGAGUCAACAAAACGCUGGAGAAUCAGUUAUUAUUUCACGUCUAAAUAGGGCACCAGAAUAUAUAUAUUAUAUAAUUAACCAUAUUUUUAUGAUCGGGACUAAAGCACAGAUUUAUAUGCAUCAAGCAGUUUCUAUAGGUCCUAGAGCUAUUUAUCGAACAAAACAAAAGAAAAUUAUCGACGGAAUUGCUAGUGUUAAACACGAAAUUCCUAUGUGUAAGUUUUUCGUACACGUUUUAUAUUUGGUCAAUAAUUACCACUGUAUAUUGUAAAGCUGUGAAUAAUGGAAGCUAAAAUUAUGGUCGUUUUUUUCUCGUUAUCCUCCCUCAAUUCCUAUCUAUUUAAUAUAUUAUUUAUUUAACUUAUAAUACCAAGCGAUAAGUGCUAUUUUGUUACCGAAUUUCGAAUCAAAUCCAUAAUUUUUGUUACAGUUAGGUAGAGAGAGUAAUUCUUUAAUAUAUCGCCUAUUUACUUGGACGUAAUUUAAUGGUAGAUAAUUUAUAUUCGACUGUAUAGGUUGGGAGUGUUACGCGCACUGAUUUGGAAACCAAAGUUGUUUUUGAGGAUAGGAACGAUCUUUUGGAAAGCAAUUCAAUAAAUGUUCCUCUAAAUUUUGUAAAUAA